GGCGGGGAGAGCAGGGGCGGCGGGAGGAGCACGCGGGGCAGCGGCGGGGAGAGCACGCGCGGCGGCGGCGGGGAGAGCAGGGGCGGCGGGAGGAGCACGGGGGGCGUGGGGAGACGAGCCGAGCGGAUUAGAGGCGUUAGAGCCCUCGGAGGCUCUAAAAUUUUCUGGGGGUCUAAUAGAGGGCCGUUCGUCUCCAGGCCUCCAAAGUUUAGAGGUUUCGCCCUAUUAGAUAGGGAAACGAACGGACCCUCAGCCAACAAUCUUUCAUCGAAAUUUCGCCCGCAGGACAUUGAAUUUUUGUGAUUCAAGUCACAGGAAAUUUGGUCGCCAGCAGGACUGUGUUCAGUUUUUUUUUUCUCAAGGUGUCCUGUACGCAAUUAACCAGUUUCUUGCUGAAGAAACAAGGGACGCUGCUUCCAGCCGUCCGAUCGUCUCCGCGCUCCAGCCAACGGCUGUACAGGCGAGACGGGAGGCCAACGGCACGCCCGCAUAGGAUCCCACCCAUCCCACAAAGAGUCAACUAGUCAAGCAACGUCUCUCUUCUCUUGCCAGCGGGCCCCCCACGCUCCCCUCCCUCCGGACCCCACCCACCAGACUAGCCGUUGUCCCCCACCUCUCGCCGCCGCCGCCGCGCCCGCGCCCCCCAACGGCCAAAUCCACCGCGCCGCCCGGCCGCACGGGCGUAUAAGUACCCACCACUCCGCCGCUCCCACUCCACCACUCCCUCGAUCUCGCUCCCCUCCCUCCCUCCCUCGAUCUCGCUCCCUCGCUCGCAGGCCACCAGCCCUCCCGCUCCCUCGGCUCCAAGCCUCCAAGGCAAGCGGCGGGCGACUCAGCGGCCCAGCGAGCGAGCGGCUAGACCGGAUCCGGCGGCAGCGAUGGCGGGGAAGUCGCACACGCACAAGGCGUUCCUGCUCUGCAACUACGUGCUCCUCGGCGCCGCCUCCAGCUGCAUCUUCCUCACGCUCUCGCUGCGCCUGCUGCCCUCCCCGUGCGGCCUGCUCCUGCUCUUCCUCCACGCGCUCACCGCCGUCUUCUCCGCCGCGGGCUGCUCGGGCUCCUUCACGGCGCCCGCCACGCCCGCCCAGUGGCACAACGCGCACACGGCGGGGGCCGCGCUCACCGCCAUCUUCCAGGGGGCCGUCGCGCUGCUCGCCUUCACCCGCACCUCCGACUUCCUCGCCGAGCUCCAGUCCUACGUCCGCGACGAGGACGGCGCCGUCAUCCUCAAGAUGGUCGGCGGGCUCGGCACCGCCAUCUUCGUCCUCGAGUGGGCCGCGCUCGCGCUCGCCUUCUCCCUCCGGCUCGACGACGAGGACGACGACGACCUCCAUGCCAAGAACUGGCAGUCCUACAACGUCUGAUACUCUGAUGCCAUCACCUGGCGUCUGGUUUCUGGUGUGGUGCUGCCACAGCACAGUUGCGAGCAACCGAGCUCAGAUAUGAAGAAGAUUCGUUGAUUCUUUGCCUUCUGUUCUAGCAUGUAUUCUUGCUGCAUUCUUUUGCACCACUAUGUACUAUUGCUGUUACCUGUCAGCUGAAAAUGUCAAAGCAUAUAUAUAUUGCUUUUGCUGCCUUUGCUACAAGUCCCAUGUAUACAUUCUUCAGGUUUCAUGCAAGCAGGUUACAAAACCCA